CUUCGGGAGAGCUCCGAGGCCGCCCUGCCCUCCCGUGCCGCGGCGACGAGCGCUGAGGCGGCGUUACCAUGUCAACGCAGUUCUUCCAGGUAUUGCCAUGUGAUACUCGGCAUUUCUGGCAAUGAAGAAAGGCUUUGUAAGGAAUGCUUCAGGUAGAAAUCCACAGGCAUCAGCGUCCCACAUAGCUCAGCUAAUGUCACCUGUCAGUUCAAGUGCCACAUCUCCACAUCUUGGCCAGCAGACACCUCCAGCUGCUCCCAAAAGCAUGGAGCAGAGGUCCCAACGACUGGGUAUUCCAGCAGAAAAUGUUGGAGCUGCUUUUAAAUUUCAGAAAGUUGAAAAUGGUGUUAGCCCGGGGGUUAAGUACAUAACUGAACCCCUUAUAAAGGGUCUGUCAAAACAGCAAAAUCUGGCAUGCAUAAGCUCACUGAAUCUUUCUUCCCCAAAGGAUGGGGACAAGAAAUUUAAGUACAUAGAAAAUUUGGAAAAGUGCUCUAAACUGGAGGUGCUAAACCUUAGUAACAACCAAAUAGAGAAGAUUGAGAAGUUGGAUAAACUGCUGAAGCUGCGUGAACUCAACUUGUCCCGCAACAGAAUCAGCAAAAUUGAAGGCAUAGAACAUUUGCAGAACCUACAGAAGCUGAACCUGGCAGGGAAUGAGAUUGAGCACAUUCCUUUGUGGGUAGGGAAGAAGCUGAGAUCCCUUCAAAGCCUGAAUUUGAAACAGAAUAAAGUGUCAUCACUCCAUGAUAUAGCUAAACUAAAGCCUCUGCAAGAUCUGACCUCUCUGUUCCUUGCUGAAAAUCCAGUUGCAAGUCUGCCUCACUACUGCUUGUACACCAUAUUCCACCUGAGGGCACUGGAAAACUUGGAUGGACAGCCUGUGACAAACCAUGACAGGCAGGAAGCUCUGGAGAGAUUUAAUUUGGAAGAAGUAGAAAAAUUAGAAAGAGAGUUGGAAAACACAAAAAAGGAGAUGGAGAAUGUGAAACUUAAGCAGUCCAAAGUGCUCGAGCAACUUCAGCAUCAAGAUGAGCUCAACAGGUCACUAAAGGAAAAGGCUGUACAACAGAGACAAAGCUUUGAAGAGCUGCAGAGGGAUCUGGGCACCAAAAAUGAGCUGCUGAAGCAGAAGACAGUGGAGCUGACCCGGGCUUGCCAGAAGCAAUAUGAGCUGGAGCAGGAGCUGGCCUUUUACAAGAUUGAUGCAAAAUUUGAGCCCUUAAAUUAUUUUCCCUCAGAGGAGGUUGAGCUUGAUAAUGUACCUGGUGAAAGUCCCUACAUUGGCAAGGCCAGGUACAAAAGAAAUAUGUUUAUAAGGGAAGGAUACAUUGCUGACAAAGCCCAGCAGCUGCAGGUUGGGAAAAUGCAACAAGAGGAAGAUGACUCCUGUAGGAAACCCCAGCUGGAAUCACAUCUCCAAAGUCUAGAUAAAAUACUGCAUGAUAAGGAAGAAAAGAUUAAUUCAGCACAAAGAAGAUUAGAAGAACUGCGAAGUGAAAUUGGAGAUGCAGAGCAACAAGUGCUGAAAGUAACAGAGGAGCUGCAACAACUGGAGGAUGCUCUGGCUCAGAAAAAAAUCUCCCAGGCCAGCAAGGAAGCAAUUGAACAGCAACUGAGUGGAAAGUUGAAAAUCCUGCAGGAGCUACGCAAGGAAACCUUAGAACUGGAAAAACAAAUAGAGAAACAGAAAAGAGAAAUAGGGAAAAAUCAGAAAGAACUUGAAAAUUUGCAGAGUUCUCUUGGUUCUGUAAAUCCUGAGGAUCCAAGGCAUGCUCACAUGAAAGCUCAAAAAGCAAGUAAAGAACAGCACCUUGAUAUAAUGAGCAAACACUGCCAGCAGCUGGAGACUCGCCUGGAUGAGAUGCUCUCCAGGAUUGCAAAGGAAACUGAGGAAAUCAAGGAUUUGGAGCAGCAGCUCACUGAUGGUCAAAUAGCAACAAAUGAAGCACUCAAAAGGGAUCUGGAAAGUAUUAUCACUGGCUUACAGGAAUACCUGCAAAGCGUGAAGCAUCAGGCAAAACAGGCCAAUGAGGAGUGUAAGAAGUUGCAGAAGGAAAAAGAAUCUUUGCUGGGAAGAUUGACAGGUCUGGAGGAGGAAAAAAACAACCUGGAAGUGGUUGCCAUGGAUGCAGAAAAUAUGAGAAAAGAAAUUGCAAUGCUGGAGAGUUCACUCCAGGAGCAGAGAGACAUAAAUGAGUCCCUUCAGGAUGCUCAGGGGAAGGUCAGCACCUACAAGGCUGAGCUGGAAGCUCAGUUAAGAGAGAGAGAUGCAGAAGCCAAGCAGCAAAAAGAAGAAUUUGAAAGACUGAAACAACUUAGCCAGAUGGAACUGUCAGCCCUGCAGGAUGAACUUGAAAAGGAAAGACAACUGUUAGAGAAUGCUCAGACCAAAGCACAACUGGCAGAAGAGAAGGAACAACAAAAUUACAAGCUGCUUUUACAGUUCAAGCAAUUGCAGGGUGACAAUAAUUCCCUAAAACAACAGCUUAAAGAUCUCCAGAAUCAGCUAAACCAUGCAGUUGGUAACUUAAUUCAUCCUGAGGAUGUCAUGGCUUGUAUAAAUGAACUCAGGCAAAAGCUUCAGACAGGAACUGGAGAGAUGAAGUGUCUAAAUUCAGCUGAUAUUUUAGGGAAAAACCUUGCAAGUCUGCAGAAAGAAUUCAAUGACAUCCUUGCUGAUGCACAGAAGGAAAAAGAGAAAGCAUGGGAUGGACAGAGACAGAUGCAGGAAGAAAUGGUAUCCCAGCAGGAAAAAAUGGAAAAAAUACAGGAGAAAUACAGACAGGUUAAAGCUGAAAACAGGCAAAAUAAGAACAAGGUCCAUCAGUUAGAGAAUGAAAUUCAAAGUUUACAUGUAAAAAUAAAGAGCAUGGAAGAGGUUCAGGGCUUGGCUGAUCAGCAGCUCCAGGAAGCAGAUGAAGAAAAAGAGGCUAUUCUUUCUCAGCUGAAGAAUUUAGAGGAAAGGAAAAAAGUUGAAGAUGCCAGGACACAGAUGCAAGUGCUGAGCCUGGAUAAGGAGCUGAAGGAGCUGCAGAGAGCAGUGAUCACCUCAGACAAGCUGGCAGCCACCGAGCUCUCCAUCGCUGCAAAACAGCUCAAGGCUCUGGAGGGGACUGUGCUCAGGAUUAAUCAGGAGAGAGUUGAGGAGCGUGAGGAAGCCCAGGAGCUCUGUGCUGAGGCAGCUCGUGCUUCUCGGGCUCUUGCCAGAGCAGAAGCAGAAAUAGAAUUGCUACAACAACUCCUGAAGGAGAAGGAACAGCAAGUUCUGCAGGAAAUUGAGAAAGCUGGUGAGAAAACUGUUGCAUCAAACGCUCAGAAGUUUGAAAUUAAUAAAUUAAGUGAAGCUGUGGAACAGCAGAAAGCAGAGAUUGACCGUUUGAAAUGGUUGUUGGAUAAUACUGGGACAGGUAACAAAGAUGAAAUUGAGACCUUACAGGGUGAAAUUGCAGCCCUCAGAAAUGUCCUUUCACAGAAUGAGCACAGCAGCAGUACAGCAGAGCCCCUGAAAAUAGGGGGAUACUGGUACUACAUGCCAUCAUCACAGGCUUCAACUCCUGCUUCCCACAGCACCAAAGACUCCGGAGUGUGUUUGGGGUGCUCUGGCACAUCCUCAGCCAGGAGAGGGGAUGCUCAGGACAGGCCCUGUGGGCGGGAGGAGUUGCCCAGCCAAGGAUGUUUGGUUUAUUCACCCGUCAGAAACAGGUUGUGCAGAGCAAAUUCUGGUAAAGACAGAAGAGCAAAAGAAGAUGGUGAAGAAAAUGCAGGAUCUCCUGUUCCGGAAGCUUCUCCCUUUGUCCCACCCCCAGGCACAGUUAUUUACACAACCCUUCCAGAUGGGGUCCCUGCACCUCAGGGCAUGGGGGUUUAUGGCCCUCCUCCUGCAGCAGCCACUGGAGCUCCACUUGCUCCUGGAUCCAUCAUCCAUGGCCCACCUCCUCUGGGAUCCCAGGUGGUUUGUGGCCCUCUGCCUCCAAACUUCACGGUGCCACUCAUUCCCUUUGGAGUGCUCCACUGCAACGUGCCUGAACAUCAGGAUCUGGAGAGUGAAGUCUCAAGGCUGGAAGACACUGUGUGCUAUUUAAAGUCUCAGAAAUAUAAAGAGAAAUGCUCAGAGGCAGCUGAGCAUAAAUACAAAAAGGAGGUGGAAAGAUUGCAUGGAAAUGUUGAAGAACUUGAGCAGGAAAGAAAAGAGCUGGAAUGUGAAGUGGCAGAGUUGCGCCAAGCAGCUCAGAAACAGAGCACACGCAGGGACUUUAUUGACGGCUACACUGACAGCCUCCUUGCAGAGCUGCAGCUGGAGAAGUCCCUUCAGCAGCAGGAAGAUGUUGCAGAGGAGAUUGAAUGUGCAGAGAAGACUCUCCUGAAACGCCGGGCCGAGCUCAGAGAGGCCGACAGGCUCCUCACAGAGGCUCAGGUGGAACUGGAGAGCACCCGGGGCAAGACUAAAGAGACUCUGCAGAAGUACAAUCGUGCCAAACACCAUUUGUCCUGCACUGAAAUGGAGGCAGAGGAGCUGGAGCAGAGGGCUCAGGAAACAGCCACCAAAAUAGUGAAAGCAUCUCAGCAGCUCAGGUUAUUACAGACAGAUACAAGGGGUUUGGAACAGCUUAAGAGGGAACAAGAAGGUAUUUUGAAGAAAAUCAACAAAAUGGUGGCUGCAAGAGACUCUGAGUUGCAGUCAUUAAACCAGAAGAUAGAAAUGCUCACUGAAAGUCUUCAGAAGCUCCAAGGAGAUAUUCAACUUGCAGAAGGUAACGAGGGCCAGCAUCUCCAAAUCAUCAGAGAAGCAGAAAACCUUGUUCAGGGCAAGAAAACUGAAUUGGAAACAUUGAAAGAUCAAAUUUCUGCUCAGCAGCAAGAGCUCUUGUUCCUGGAGCAGCAGGUGACUCAAAGAACAGAAGAGCUCCGUGGCAUUCAGGACUGCAUUUCCCAAAGGAAAGGUGACCUCAAAGAGGCUCUUCGGGAUGGAGAGACUGAAGCACAUGAAAAACUUCGCCAAAUAAGGGAAAUAAAAGUACUUCUGGGAGAGCUUAGUAUUGAGAGGAAUGAACUGGAUGUCCAGAUGAAUGAGAAAAGAGCACAGCUUCUGGUCCUAAAGAAGGAUAUUAGAAAGGAGGAGGAAAAUCUUCAAAGAAUACUUGGGCAAAUCAGCAAGCAUAAGAUGGAACUGAAACAUGUGCUGGAAAUGUUGGAGCUUGAGAAGAAUGAACUGGAAGGUUUGAAACUACAACAUGAGCAGAAGGUCAAUGAGCUGGAAAAGACCCAGGUGGCUGUUCUAGAGGAGAAGUUAAAAUUGGAGAAUAUUCAGAGAUUAUUUCAGUGUCAGCAAGGGGAAGUGGAUUGGCAGGAGCAGCUCCUCAGGAAGGACCGUGAGGAGAACGAGCACCUGGGCUCUCAAAUGAGAACUCUGCAAAACAACAUUGAGGCUCUGAGCAGAGAGAAGGAGAAGCUGGAAGAGGACUCCAGGAGUUUGGAGAAGAAGUUGUCACAAACCAAAAAAGACCUAACUGCAGCUGAGGACAGCAGCAGAACUGCACUGUCCAACAUGGAAAAGGUGGGAUUGGAUGUUAAGAACCUGCAGCAGGAGGUGGAGCUGCUGAACAAGCAGAAGAAAUCACUGAAUUCAGAGAUUGUUGCUGUCCAGGAGGACCUUCAAGGGAAAAAAGAAGAACUGGAAAUACUGAAAGGAGAACUCAAUGACUCGAAGCAGCAGCUUCACCUUGUGGAACAGGAUUUGGAAAACAACUCCAGGCAGCAGGAGGAGCUGCUCAGAGAGCAGGCAGCCCUGAAGGAAGAGAUCCGAGAGUAUUUAAGGAAGCGUAAGGAAUUCCAGGAGAGGCACAAGAAGAGGGAGAACCAACUGCAGCAGCUCCAGAAAAAGAUUGAAGACAAGGAAACAGAACUCGCCCAGCAGGAAGUGGUUCUUCAUCGCCUCAAGCAAAACUCAGAGCGUGAAGGGAAAAAACUGGAAGAAUGUGCAGCUAAAGUGAAGGAUCAGAAAAUCCUGUUGGAAAAGGAACUAACGGAUCAACACAAGAAACUGGAGCAGGCAAUAGCUAAAGUCAGGCUGGCAGAAGAGAACCUUGGGAAGCUGGAAAAGGAGGAGUCCCGGUGUGCAGCUCUUGAAGAAACCAUCAGAAAAAGCAAACAUCAGCUCUCAGAAAAAGAAUUACAGUUACAACAAAAAGACAGAGAAAUACAGUGUCUUCAGAAAGAACUUGAGCUCUCCAAGUCUGAGCUAAAGCAACUUCAAGGUCAGAUAGUGUCAGAGAGGAGAGAAGCAGAAAAACAAAUCCUGAGUUUGAGAGAAACAGAGAAAAUGCAAAGGAUGGAGCUUGGAAGCAAACUGCAAGAGCAGAGGCAUGGAGAGGACAGCCUGCAGAGCGCCAGGGCUGAGCAGCCGUGCCACUGCCACAGCCACUGCCCACGAGCCGAGCACCUCGGAGGGGACCUGGGCCAGCCCCCACCCAGGGGGGAACGCAGCCACCCCCAGAGCCAGGUUAAAACUCAAACUCAAGACCUGGAAGAGAGACAAAGGGAAAUGGAGAGUGCAGCAACCUUGCUUAACCUGGAGGUUGAAAAUGAAAUUAGGACAGGGUUUGAAUCUUCACACUCAUCUUCUCCAGACCUGCUGGAAGCUUUGGAGGCAUCAUCUGAAGGAAAUAGGAGUCUGCAGUAUGAGUGUGAUAGCUCAGAGACUGCUUCCUUUGCUGCUACUGACAGACAGCUCCUCUCCUUGGAAGAAAAGCUCAAUGUUUCCAGAGUCUUCUUACUGGAUGAGCAGUGGCGGGGAGAGGCGCUCCGGGAGAAGCUGCAGCAGCAUGAGGACCGGCUCAAGGCGCAGCUGCGGCGCUGCCUGGCCAAGCAGGCGGAUGUGCUGCUGCAGGGCAAGCGGCAGACGGCUGGGAGCCUGCACAGCCUCCAGUGCCAGCUCCAGGUGCUGGAUGACCUGGUCAGCAGCCCUGCUUCAGAUUCCCUCUUCCUGCCCAGCAGCCCCAGCCUGGAAUCUCUUCACAGUGCUCUGAAUGUAACAAAAGCUCAGGUCCCCAGCAGCCCAGGAAGCACAUUGGGAUCGGCAGUGCUGCAUUCCAGUUCCCAAGGGAUCUCUCGCUGAAGGCCAGAGGUGAGAUGUGGCUUCAGGCCAGUUCCAACCUCCCAGAGACACGAGGCUGGAAGGCUGCGGGACCAUGGGGCAGCUGUGGCUUCACAGACCACUCUGUCCUUUCCCAGUGACAGCAUUCCUGGGGCUGGUGUCAGUCCUGCUUUAGGUUUGUGUGUUGUGCAGCAGAGUCUGGGUGAGAGGUGCUGGGAGCUCUCCUGGACAUGGAGUUACUGCUGCAGAAAUUGUUGCCAUCCCUGGUCUUUCAGGAACUUUCCUGGUUGAACUGUUCAGCCCCAUGGCUGAACCUCUGGGACAGCUGGUUCCACCCCAGCCUGGUACAAAAGUGUUCUUUUGUAAAGGUUUAAGGUACAAAUGUUACUUGAAAAGUGGCUUCACUUGAAAAGCAAAGCCCAAAGCACAUCCACAGCUUGGACAGGGGCCCUCAGGUGCCACCUCUGAAGAGUUCUGCUACCUCACUGGGUGAGCCUUGUCUGAAAUGCCACCACUCACAAACAGCUGCUGCAAGGCCUGUACUGUGAAGGUUUUGUACAAUUGACAACAAGUUUUUAUAUAUAAGUUGGUUUGUUUUUUAAAAAAAUAUUUUAAAUGUGUAUUUAAACAUGUCCAAACCAACCUCCUAUUUAAGUGUUCAGCUAGUGGCAAGUUUCCACUUUAAAGAAACCUUUGUUACAAGGCCUGAUCUGUUGCCAAAUGCA